GCUAUUCGCAAAGUAAACUGCUAUCAUACGUGGUUUGAUAAAAUCGUGUAAUUUGUCGACGUAAUUUGUAAUGAUUCGUUGUGUUUUUUGAAAAUAAUAAUUUUUAAGAUAUUUAUCGAUAUUAUUGGAAGGUGACAACGUAGUUGCGCCGCGGAAACUCCAAAAUUAGUUUGCACAUGGUGCAAACAUUGGUUGUUGCCAAUAUGGCCGAUGAUACCAUGAAUAGCAGUUCUCGUGGAGAACCGCGCGGAGAACCGGAGAGAAAAGUUUCUAAGGGGAAAGCUCCGGCUAAGAAAACAUCGAAUGUGUUGGACACACCGUCUAACACACCGUCUAACACAAACAAUGAUCUAAAUAAUAACAUUAUUAUGGAGUGUUUGAAAAACAUUCAACAGUCCCAAACGGCUCUCAUAAAUAGAAUAGAGGCCAUUGAACAUUGCAGUUACGAGUACGACUGUGGUGAUUAUUUUGACAACGAAGAAAUUGACAAUUUUGACGAGGCGGGGCCGUCUCGUAAACGAAGUUUAGAGUCUGAAGAAAGUGGAAAGUCCAGUAAAUUCGCCAGUUUGGCAAAGAAAUUUAAACCAACUGAUGUCUGUGGUAACGACAUUGACGAAUAUUUGGCGAAUAACGUCACUGAUUUAUUCAGAAAAGGAAUGCACGAGGAACUGUAUGAAAAAACAGUAAAGGAUGAGAAUUGCCCACGUCCAGGCAAUUGUGAUGGCUUGAUGGUUGCCAAAAUGAAUAAACUAGUGUGGGAUGUCAUGUCUCCACAGACUAGGCGCAAAGACAAGAAAAUGCAACAAAUUGCAACAUCUAUAGUGAAGGCAGGCAUAUUUUUGACAAAAACUAUGACCAUGUUAGUGGCCAAUGAACAGGAUAAGUCGGAAACAGAAAGGGAAAAACAAAUUUUGGACAGUUGCAAUGAUGCGUUGGCUCUCAUGGGGCAUGCAAACUACCAGGUGAAUAUGAUGAGGCGAGAUAUGUUGCGCCCAAAACUAAAACGAGAGUAUUCUCAUUUGUGUACACACUCCCUUCCAGUUACAAAGGAGAUGUUAGGUGAUUACAUUUCCAAAACAGCUAGAGAAAUCGAGGACUCGGCUAAGAUCGGUUUUAAAAUGUCUGGACAGUAUGGACGAGGCAAUUACAUGUACAGGGGUAGACCUGGAUUACGAGGCCGGAAUAGAGGCUACGGGCAAAUGAGAGGACGUGGACAGAGUCCUUUGGCUUACGCCUACCCUUCACAAGGGCCAUUAAAGUAUGGACAGGAUCCAAAAAACCUGCCUCGGAGAGGAGGGGUCAAAUACAGAACUUAGACAAAUCUGAUCAGUCGCUGCAUUGGAAAGAUCCAGAGGGA